AUGAAUAUUAAUAGACCAAUUGGUAAUUCAAAUCGUAAUUCUAUCGCCAACUCCAGUUUUUCUGGUAAUGAAGCUGACACUGUUUAUCUCUUGAACACUGAUCAAAGACCUUAUAUGCUAUCAAAAGCUGUAAACGAUCAGCCUUUGAUUAAAGAUUAUAUGAAAGUAUUGCCCUAUCCACUAGUCGACUUAUCUAAUAGCUUAAAGUCCCAAGAAUCUUUGAUAGUAUACGAUUUGUUGUUUGUCUUAAUUGGUCUUGAAGGAAAUUAUAUCAGAUACUCCAAUAAAUUCAACUCACAAGAUAUUGAUAGUUUGAUCAAUGGGCCUGAUUAUAAGUUUGCAAAAAAUCUAAAUCCAUCAUUAAAAGAUUUCAUCAAAAAGAUAUACAAUUUUGGAAAGUUUUACAAUUCUUUACUAAACUUUCAAGUUCUUUACAAUACUAAGAACAACGGCAAAAUAAUUCAGGUUUUUAUUCAUUUUUUGAGACAUUUCUUAAAGAUAGACUAUCUAGAUUUUUUAAUCAACAGUAUUGAAAACAACUUCACAAGUAACUCAAACUUCAACUUGAUUCAAUUACUAAAGGAAAUCCAGCUAUCCAAACUAGAUUUCAAAUUAAACUUAUUAUACGAAAUUAUUCAUUUGAUACACAAUGACAAUUUAAAAAGACAACAUAUGAUUGAAACCUUGCAAACUCUAGAUGUGUUAAAUAACAACACAAUAAAUAAUGGACACAGUGCGUUGAAUCUUGAUACCUUGAAUAUUGAUAUCAAUUUUGACAAUUCAAAAUUUCAUCGUUGUAAAGGAGGAAUAGUAUUAAACAUUAUUUCAAAAAAAAUUGAUUCAUAUUUUGGAAAUCAUGAGUGCCUAAUAUUUCUAAAUAAUUUAUUCGACUAUUUAUCAUUUCCUUAUCUAUUGAUAUUGAAUAAUUGGUUAAUCAAUGGCGAAAUUGAUGAUCCCUUUGCAGAAUUUUUUAUAAAAAAUUAUAAAACAAAUACUUAUAAUGACAAUGAACAAGAAAAUACCGAAUCUGAUAACAACAUUUCAAACUUGAAUUUGUUUGAUGUGGAAAGAUAUUGGAAUUCAAAAUUUUCAAUUAAAAACGAUGGAAUACCUAAUGAAUUGGCUGAUCCAUUAAUCAAAAGAAGAAUACUAUUAACCGGGACUUACUUAAACGCUCUCAAGGACUGUGAUUUGCAAUUCACCGCAAUAGAUUUUUCCUUUUAUAAUUAUGAAAAUCAAUCUUUGGAUUUUGGACACAACUACUUUAACAACUAUGGACAUAAUUUAGAUACAGAAGCUAACAAUCAGGACUUUUUGAAAAAAUUGAGCCUGUCAAUCAAUCCGAAUAUAAUUUGCAACUUACACAAUAAAAAUUCUUUGAAUUUAAAAAUCAAUUACUGGUUCAGAAGAGCAAAUGAUCUAAUAUUAAGUUUGAUGUUUGAUGGGUACGAUUUACUAAAUUUAUUAGUCAGCUUGGUUGAUUUCUUUUUAAUGGCAAACUCAUUUGAUUUUAACACUUUUAUCAAUUCUAAUUUAUCUCUUUUAAAGAAAAAUAAAAAUCUCGUCAACCUAAAUGAGCUCGAAAAUAGUUUCCGUCUUUGUUUUUUUGAUAGAGCAUUCAAAAAUAACAAUACCAAUUAUAAUAAGGAUAAUCAAAAUGCAAAUGCAAAUGCAAAUGCAAACGCAAAUGAAAAUGAAAAUGAAAAUUUGCAUGAAACAAAAAACUUGGUUUUAAAUCUGGUUGAAUUAACAAUUGAAUCAAAAAACAUCUUUGACGAAUUACAAGACAUUUUAAAUGUUAAACCUCUUGAUCCGAAUAAUAUGAAUACAAAUUCAAUUCAAGCUUUAAAAAAUUUGGUUGUUGAAUCUCUCGAACACGAUAAACGGAGCUUGGAUGAAAAACCAUUGGAAAAUAUGUUUGAAAACUUUCUGAUAAAUUUUAUAAAUUUUCAACUAACUUUGCCAUUUCCAAUAAAUCUAAUGAUAGAUCAGAUAAAUAUUACCAAAUAUCAACUAAUAUUCCGAUUUUUGCUUUUAAACAGAUUCGCAAUCAAUCUACUUGAAGAUAACUAUAAAUUGUCCAAAAAUUACUUGAAAAAAAGCUCAAUUUCUCUUUCAUUAUUGAAAAAAAUUUCAAAAUUACAAAUAAUGAAUUUCAAUGUGAUCAACUAUUUGAAAAAUUUGUAUUUUAAUUACACAUUUAUCAUCAAGUAUAACUUUGAAUCAAAAAUUGGGAAACUUUAUAAAUUUUACUAUACAUACUUGUCAAAACAUGGCUUCAAUAGUACUAGUAUGUUUAAUACUAAUUCAACUAAUGAUAAUAAUGGGGUCAAUAAUUUGGAAAACAAUUUUAAAGAAACCAGCAAUAUUGACGUUGAUGUUGAUUAUAAUUUUGCGGAUCUGUUGACAUUUGAAGGCUCUAAAAAGUUGAUUCAGGAUUUUAUUGACAAUAUAUUGCUAUAUUUAUCAUUAACCAACCCAAAUUAUUUGAAAUUGAUAAAACGUUUUUUUAAAAUAAUUUUCAGCUUUGCUAAAUUUCACAAGAAGAUUAUACUGAUAAUUGACGCCAAUACCCAGGACGCUUUGAACAAUAUAGAUUAUAUGACUGCUGAAAAAUUGAAAAACAGCGAUUAUAUUAAAAGAUUUACUGAGUAUUAUAAAAAAUUUCAUAAAGAAUAUAUGCAUUAUGAAAAAAAAAUAUCAGAAUAUUGGGUUGAUGAAUAG